AUGGGCCGGACAGCAUCUACCCGAGGCGUUACGUUCCAGGAAGACGGUCUGCCGCCGCCAUACAUCACGCGGCGGGUCAACUCGGCCCGUCGCUCCUCGAUUUACUCGCGCACAUCCGAAACAGGUAACUACGAAGAGGGCGUCGACGAAGGUGUGGGAUCAAAAGCACGGAAGCUGUCGGUGAAGGUUGCUGAUGCGGAUUUACAAGUUGGCGAAACUCCCCUGCAUGAACACUUUGGUCUGUUCUCGCGCAAGGGCAAGCAGGAAAUCGGCGAAGGUGGUGCGGCUGUCGUUCGGUUGAUGAAGAGCAAGGCUGAUGGUGACAAUGAACGCGUCGUCGCCGUCAAGGAAUUCCGCCCUCGGGAUUGCGCCGAAGAAGACGAGUACGACUACGAACGGAAGAUCAAGUCAGAGUAUGCCAUCGCAAAGGCAUGCGUUCAUCCCAACAUCGUCAAGUCGCUCUGGCUGUGCACCGAUCAUGGCAAAUGGUUUCACGUGAUGGAAUAUUGUCAACUGGGCGACCUCAACGACCUUAUCGCCAAAGACUUUUUCUCCCUCACCGACCGAUUAUGUAUGUUCAAGCAGCUCAUCCGCGGCGUGGACUAUCUUCAUUCCCGAGGGAUCGCUCAUCGCGACCUCAAGUCCGAAAACCUUCUCGUGACAAAAGACGGCUGUCUGAAGAUUGCCGACUUUGGCACUGGGGAGGUCUUCUCGGGUCCUCAUCCUGGCAUGCGCAACUGCCGCCGACAGUCGAUCGCCGAUCCCGACGCUCCUAUCCAAACUUGCCAACCCGGUUGGGUCGGCAGUCACCCAUACAUGGCGCCGGAGAUCUACCAACGGACCGGUCCCUACGAUCCCCGUGCUGCCGAUCUCUGGUCAGUCGGCAUCGUGCUCGUCACGCUUCUCUUCAAUGUCACCCUCUGGCAAGGCGCCGGUCCCGAACACAACAACUACAACAUCUAUGUGGGCACAUGGGAUAAAUGGCGGCAAGUCUUCCCCGACGCCGAGAUCUGCGAGGGUCGCCCACUUCCAGAAUUCUCAAAUACGAAGCACUUCAAGGCUUUCAAGGACCCCGCCACAAAGCGCAUAUUAUUUGGCAUGCUCCACCCCGACCCAUCAAUGCGAUGGACCGCGCAACAGGUGUUGGACUCCAAGGCAGUCACUGAUUACGAGUGCUGCCAGCAGGAUGGAUACAGCGACAACAUCAAAACUCGACAGAAGAAAGCCCUGCACGACCACCGACCGCCGGACCAGCGCGUCAAGAAGGGCGUCUUUGGCCUGCAUCCCGCCAGCCCCUGUUGA